AUGGAGCCAAACCUGGCUCCAAGAGUCUGUUUACAGCUUCAAGAUGCUGCUUUGGAGCUGUCCAGAGCAUCAUCUAAGAUCAUAGCGAGUGAUCUGUCAUUUAUGCAGAAACAGCCCUGCUCCUCCACGAGAAAGCAUUCAGAGAAAAGAGGAUGCCAAAGUUGUUAUCAUACUGUCAAGAAGAAUGCUAGCAACCCUACAAAUAUCAUAUAAUCGAUACCGACCUCACCACCCGCAGAACCAAUGCCGCAAGAUAACACGACACUGGUACUAACACCAACGCCACGGACCUCCGAGGGCAAAUACCGCUUCGAUGUCCACCCAUAUCGCAGACGGCAGUGCCAGCGGCCAGACAGAUUAAAAGAAACAACUGCCCCCACCGGGAGAACCUACGACUCUCUACCACGUUUGAACACAACGUCUUUUCGAAUCCCGAAAUCUCCCGAAGGCAUGUCCGACACAUGAUACGGCAUCCGCGGUGGUGAUGGUGGUGGUGGUGGUGGUGGUGGUGGUGGUGGUGGUGAAUGCGAAGCUGUUUAGUGUCUUCCUUGGAUUUCGAGAUGUGGUCUGCAUGUAGAGUACAAUAUCAUAAGCAGCAAGGUGGCUAUUUAUUGUGG